ACGGUCGACUUGUCCUGUGCGGCGGCUAUCGUCGAGUCGGAGUCACUUGUGGAAGUUCUAGGGCUAUCGCUUCUUUGUUCCAGCUCUUCCUUGCCUGUCAAUGACUGAAAGUGGUGGCCACAAUUUCUGCAGUCGGGGACACUGAACAGGCCUGUAGGCUUGAAUGUAUGUUUUUCAUUACGAGUCACAGGUGAUUGUUCCUUACAAACAGGGGCAGGGUCUGCCUUUUCGUUAGAACUUUUGCACAGUAAAAUGGGUCUAUACAAAACUUCGUGGAGGUGCGUGUAAACCGGGGAAGCGGCAUGAGUGGGGCCGACAGCGGUCGACUCGUGGGACCAGAUGGCGGUCGGUGCGGCCAGGUUGCCGUUCUAACACUCUGGACCAAGAACCUGAUGGAGAUCGGCAUUACCAAGGGCCUCGGAAUCAUGCUGCCGACCUUGCAACAGCAGCUGACCACGCAGAUGUGGAUUAUUGGCUGGAUUACCUCGAUGAUCACCGCGACGAGCGGGUUUAUGGCUCUUUUUGCAGCACUACUGAGCAGACGAUUUGGGACUGGUUAUGUCUUGGUGACGUGUGGUACAAUGUUGAGUGCGGCUGUCAUCAGCGGAGCAUUCGCCGAAACAGCCUUGCAACUCGCUCUGGUUUAUUCACUCCUCGCAGGUACUGCCAUAGGCGUGUCAAAUGUUGUUGCAAAGGAGGCUGUAGGUCGUUGUUUCACCAGGAACUAUGCGACUGCCAAUGGUAUCGCACGGACUGGCUACUCUGUUGGACUGUUCGUAUUUGCGCCUUUGGUCCAGCUUUUUCUGAAUACUUAUGGUUGGAAGGGAACCAUGCUGCUAGUAGGAUCUCUAACAAUGCAUAACAUUGCGUGCGGCGCCCUUAUGGCGGCUACUUUGCCAAGACUGCAGCUACAUGACUACCAAACGGUUCCCUACGCCGAGCGUGAUUCUCCACGCCAAUCGUGCUUUCGUUCUUUUUGGAAGUUCGUCUUCAAGAGUUUUGAUUUGGAGCUACUAUACAACGCACGUUACUGGUCGGUGGCCAUCAUAUCAUGCUGUACAAUCUACGCGUACACUAUGUGGAUUGUCUAUUUCGUGUCUCAGGCACAAUCCAACGGAUUCUCUUUGGAGGAAGCGGGAUCUUUUGUGACCAUCGCAGGCGUUGCGAAUCUGAUAGCCAAAGUACUUCAGGGACUUAUCACAGACCGCGGAGUGAUAUCUUCUUGGAGCCUAGUGACGGUGUGUACCGUGGCAAGCUCUGCGUCGUACCUUGCAUCUCCCUGGCUGACUUCUUAUUGGCCGAUGCUGGCGUCAGCAUUGGUGAUUUUGUUUUGCGAUGGAGUUCUUUCCUGCCAGACUGAUGUUCUGGUCAAGCAGGUUCUUGGAGUUGAGCUGUUGGCUGGCGCCUUUGGUUGGAUCGGACUAAAAGUUGCUGUUUUGACAUUCGCACUAGGAUUUCUUCCAGGUUUGAUAUACGACAACACUGGAAGUUACACAACAGCUUUUCUUCUGAUAGGCAGUGUACAGGCUUUCCCGCUCAUUCCCUUACUGACCCUUAAGUAUUCUAAACAAUAGAACUAGUCGGGAGUCACAAACAGUUAGUACAGUGGCGUUACUGUGGGUGGACACAGUUCCUCCGGGUCGAAGCCUAUAUUCCCCGCCCCUUGAUAUUUUGAAAUAAUAGCCACAGUUAAUUUGCAAUACUUUUCAGUUCCCUUUAAAAUAGCGUGUGGCAACCCCGGAUGCACAUUUGAACACAAAUAAUUUUAUUGCGUUUAAGUCAAAGUCGGCCCAUAUAAAUCACGGUAACUAAAUAUAUCAUGAUGAUGAAUAAUUUGUGCUGUGAAUCCAAAAAUUGAUUAGGAUUAAAUCAAAAUAAUAGCAAGUGAUAUGAAGUGAAAACGAAAUUUAUCGGAAUGUCUCUUGUACAGGUGUACUUGUGUAAAAUGAAAUUUUAGAAAAUAUGGUUUUUAUUUGAGAUUUUAGAAACCUGUUGCAAAAUGUGAAAACAAUUAUUUUCGGUUGACACGAAUUGCAACAUGUUUGCAAGUGUUUUAAAAAGUAAACAGGUUCAUUUUAAUCAAUAGUUAAACAUUAUUUGAUCUAAAUCAGUGAUUUAAAUCAAGUUGAUUUUAUCAACCCUUUAUCAGUCAACGGAGUAUUCCUUUAAUCCUGUGAACGUUGGUGUUAAUAAGGUCAUGGAGGUAAAAAAAGACCGUUAGUAUGAUGCGAUUAUUAUUUGAAACUGUAUGUAGUAACCAUCUUUGGAAAGGUCGCAGCACUGCACGAUAAAGAGUCAUACUUUGCACAAGGACUUCUAAUAGAUUAUUCGCAAGGCUGAAAAAUAUUCUAAAAGCUACAGCUCCUAUACCUCAGACGAAAGCGAAGCGAUUUUGAAGUCACAAAACGUCUCCAGCGAAAUUCGUUUGAGUUAAACUUUGUUCAACUUUUUUUGAAAAAGCAGAGCGAAUAUUUGAUCUGCCGUUAAGGUAAAUGCGUUUGUAUUCGCUUUUCUUUCAGAAUGAACCUCCUUCAGUUUUCGUGCCUAAUUGUAGUGACGCUUGAAUGCUGCUGUGCUUUUGAAAAAAAAUCGCCAAUCCAGUUUUAGUAAUUGUUUAAUGGUGAAUCUUUUUAUAUUGACCGAUGAUAUUGGGCAAGUAAUAUUGCAAAUAAAAGAUUUAGUCAG